GGAGGGUAUAAAUACAAGAAGUAGCAGCAGCAGAUCCACUUUCUGUAUCAACAUUUGAGCGAAUCACAGAGCUAAAUGACAUCUGGUAGAAUGAAGGGAUUGAGGGGCAUCACUUUGACCCACCUGCUCACCCUUUUGCUGCUUGCCUCCUUCAUCUCACACUCUUGGAGCGUGCCAAAAGGAUCAUUUCAACGGAGAAACUGGACUCCGCAAGCAAUGUUGUACUUAAAAGGCACACAGGGUCGUAGGUUCAUCUCUGAGGACCGAAAAGAAGGAGAUGUCUAUGACACGCUACACUUAGAGACCCGCAGUCAGAACACAGAGAAGCUGAGUGUGGACCAGGCAGCCACGGUGCUGCUGAAGUUCCUGCAGCAGGCCAGGGAGGGAGCUGAUGAAGGGCCUGAGGAGCUGUAUUUCCAGGAGCUGCCGGUCUGGAAGAGAGAAUACUUCUGACAGCAGCAGCCAGAAUAGUUUCUGUUUGAUUUGUGUCUGUUGUAUUGCUGCUUUGAUGGAAAAAGAAAUCUCUC